ACCAAAAAGCAAUCAAACACUCUCUCUCUCUCUCUCUCUCUCUCUCUCUCUCUCUGAUUCUUGAAUAAUUCUUGAUUCGAUCAAAAUCAAACACCCCCUUCACAUAUCAAACUCUAAUUAACGAAAGCAGCAGCAGCAAGAUUGUUAAAUCAAUCCUUGAAAAAGACAACAAUGGACGACAACAACACCAAAUUAGGUUCAGGAGACUCAAAAGACAACACCAACAGUGAACAACAACUUGAAGAGAACCCAAAUUUGAGUUCUAAUGGAGAACAACAACAGCAACAAGGAGGAGGAGGAGGAGGAGGAGGUGAAGGUGAAGGAGAGAGAGAGGGUGGUGGUCCUCAAAGUCAGACUUCAGGAAGAACUCCAUUCACUAAUCUUAGUCAAGUUGAUGCUGACCUUGCUCUUGCCAGGACCCUUCAAGAACAGGAAAGAGCAUACAUGAUGCUAAGAAUGAAUAAUGAUGGGAGUGAUUAUGGAAGUUGGGAAGCUGGAAGUUAUUUACAUGCCUAUGGUCUUGAUUUUGGUGAUCCCGAUGAUGAGACUGAUGGAGAUGAUGAUGAUGAUGAGACUGAUGGAGACAAUGACACAGAUGUGGAUGGUGAUGCAAGUGACGUGCAUGCUCAUGCUGACAAUAUAGAUGAUAAUACCGAAGUUGAAAUUGACCCUUCCGUGUAUUCCAGCGACGAGGCCUAUGCUCGAGCCUUGCAGGAAGCUGAAGAAAGGGACAUAGCUGCUAGACUGCUGGCCCUUGCUAGCUUAAAUGGUAUUACAGGAGACGCUGAGGAGGAUAGUGAAGAAGAUCUUGGGGAUAAUUCUCAGGAAACAUGGGAGGAGGUUGAUCCAGAUGAACUUUCAUACGAGGAGUUGCUUGCAUUGGGUGAAGUUGUUGGAACUGAAAGCAGAGGCCUUUCAGCUGAUAUAAUUGCUUCUUUGCCUUCGAUAAACUACAAGGCAGGAAGCAGUCAGAAUGGAAGCAAUGAUUCCUGUGUCAUAUGUCGUUUGGAUUACGAGGAUGGUGAAACUCUGACUCUGCUAUCAUGCAAGCAUUCUUACCAUUCAGAGUGCAUAAACAAUUGGUUGAAAAUAAACAAGGUCUGUCCUGUUUGCAGCACCGAGGUCUCCACUGCUGCGCACAGCUAGCAUUUGUUGGACCAUCCUCUUCUACUAGUCAUAGACUGCUGGGUUAAAAAGAAAAGUAGACCGAUGUGUGCACCACUUGCAUGAUUGUUGUGCCAAUUUGUAUGCCAUUUCCCAAUAGGGGAAAUGCCCAGGUGCGCAUGUUUGUAUUAAUUCAUCCUUUGUGUCCAUGUAAGAAGCCAACCCUACAAACUGGUUUCUUUUAACGUUACUGUGUGGCCUCUAUAGCAGAGCUUCAGGGAUGAAUAUGGUUCUCAUAGAUUUAAUUUUUUUAUAGCAAAACCCGGGUUUUGUUUAUUUUUUCUCAUAAUCUUCCUUUCAAAUGAAUAUGGCCUCACCCUACCAAAUUGAAUAACAAAUCUGUCCUAUUUAAUUGGGUUUA